AACCGGAGAAACACACGUAACGAGUGACGUGACCUCAUGAAAAUAAACAGAAAAUGGGACAUCUGACGUGUUUCGGUUCGUCGAUAAUGAUCAAAACAGUUAUUUCCCGAUUACAUGUAAUCUCUGUUAAACUAUAAAUCAGUUGUUUAACGCGAAAAAGCAAAACGGCACAGAAAUAGCAGGGAGCCUUUGUGAUGAUCCGCGACCUUCGUUAUGGAGAACGACUUGAGCCCACAAGACAAGAAAGACCUGGACAAGUUCAUUAAAUUCUUCGCGCUAAAGACGGUGCAGGUGAUCGUUCAAGCCCGUCUUGGAGAGAAGAUCUGCACACGUUCAUCUUCCUCGCCCACCGGGUCCGACUGGUUCAAUCUAGCAAUAAAAGAUAUUCCAGAAGUGACCCAUGAAGCAAAAAAGGCGUUAGCUGGUCAGCUCCCUGGCAUUGGCAGGUCCAUGUGCGUGGAGAUCUCCCUUAAAACCUCGGAGGGAGAUUCAAUGGAAUUGGAAACGUGGUGCUUGGAAAUGAAUGAACGAUGUGAUAAGGACAUCAAAGUGUCCUAUACUGUUUACAACAGACUGUCUUUACUGCUUAAAUCACUGCUUGCCAUUACAAGGGUCACCCCGGCAUACAAGUUAUCACGAAAGCAAGGCCAUGACUACGUUAUACUGUACAGGAUAUAUUUUGGGGAAGUGCAGCUGGCUGGACUUGGAGAAGGUUUCCAGACAGUACGAGUAGGAUUAGUUGGCACUCCAACUGGUACCAUCACCUUGUCAUGUGCUUACAGAACAAACCUGGCCUUCAUGUCCGCCAGACAGAUUGAGAGGACGAUGCCAAUAAUGGGAAUCAUCAUCGAUCACUUUAAUGUUGGCCAUAUGCACCCCUGCAACUACAGGGCUGCUGGCGAAGAGGAAGGAGUGCCGUAUCCUGUUCUGGAAGAUUCCCAGGAAGUGUGCACCACCUCAUUCUCCACCUCCCCCCCCUCUCAGUGUGUGUUCACUGUAAGUAAGGCGCAUUAUAAGACGCCUAACCCUGCAGUGAUGGAUACUCUGAAGGUCCCCAUGCUGGGCUUGGCCUUCUCACAACAACUCUGCAGUUCUCGUCUUUCGCAUCAGACCCCUGUGCUCGGACCUGCCGAUCUCUGCUACCCUGCCACCUUAAACGCUGCCAACCCACACCAGAUGGUGAUCCCUGGGAAGGAGGGCGGAGUUCCUCAGGGUCCGCUGCAGCCGUGCCACGGGGCUCUUGCCGAACAUGGCCGGCUGCCAUCCUGCCCUCCUGCCGAUGCCACCCACCGUCUCUCAGCCACACCCUCUGGCGGUAGCGAGGACACGGAGACAUUGUCACAGAGCAGUGAGGCCAAGAGCUCAUCCCCCUCUGAAGCUCUGGAGACCACGUUCUCUCGGAAAGUGGGCGCCUUUGUUAAUAAACCUUCCACCCAGGUCACCACCACCAGCUUAGAUUUGCCUUUUGCUGCAUUUGCGACCCGGAAUUUCGAUUUGGAAGAGAAUGACCCCAUGGUCCGACCCCCAGACUCGCCCACCCCCGAUUCACCCCUGCACGGAAGCCUCAACUCCGAAGACUCCAUUGAUAGUGGCGGCCAGCAUCAGGAUGACUUUGUCAUGGUGGACUUUAAGCCAGCCUUCUCAAAGGAUGACCUCCUUCCAAUGGACCUGGGCACAUUCUACCGGGAGUUCCAGAACCCUCCGCAGCUGUCCAGCCUGUCCAUAGAUGUUAGUGCACAGUCCAUGGCCGAGGACCUGGAUUCCUUACCGGAGAAAUUGGCCAUAUAUGAGAGGAACAUUGACGAGUUUGAUGCGUUUGUUGACACCUUGCAGUAGAAGCUGGAGAAGAGCUCAUCUUAUUCUCUCUCACCUUUAUGCCAAAAAAAUCUCUCUAAUCCACCCACUGGAAUCAGUUUUUGUUGGUUUGUUGUCUGUGUUGUUUAACUGCCUCUGGGAUCUUUUAAAAUAUUUUUUUCUUUAAAGUUCCUCUUCAGGAAUGUCCUACAUGGAUUUCUAUUUUGUUUGAGUUCCAGUGACGUUUCUAAAUUAUGUUGAUAAUGUACAGACAGUUGUGCUCAAUGAAAGCUAUGAUGUCUGUUAACAUUGUGCAGAUCAUGAUCGAGUCGCAGGUCCUGAUUUAAAUAACAGGAUUCCCUUACCUGACUGUAAUGCAGUCAGUCCAAGGUCUAAGAAAACAAGCACACUACAUCACGUAAUUGUAUAAAUAACAUCCAUCUCCUUCUCUUAGUGCAUGACAUGGAAAAUGUUCAUUGCACUUUUAAUUUGUCCAUCUUCAAAUAUGGGGAAGAUAAUCAAGACAGCGAAUUUCCUCAGUAGGAAAAGGUAUGUUCACAUCAUCUGUGACAGUGGUUAUGAGUCACAGUUAGGGGCUUCACAGUGUUUGGGAAUAACUGCAUUGUGCCAUGUUGCAUACACUAUCUCUUAGUUCUGUCUUCUAGUUUGUAGUAUAUAUUGGAGACAGUGUGUGGGUCAGUGGUUUAGUACUCUGUGCCCAUAAUCAGAAGGUUUGAAUCUUAGGGCCGGCAAACUGAUGGCACUGUUUUACUCCUGUGCAAAACCCUUAACCCCAGUUACUCCAGGAGUGCUGACAUUGGCUGACCCUGUGCUGUGACCCCCAAAACUUGCUCUGACUUGUCAUUGUGUGUGUGUGUCUCUUGGAGAGCAUGAAUGGGAUAGGUUAGAAUAGGUUCAUCACUGGGAUGAAAUAUCACUAUACUAGGGAACUGCAUAGGACACUGCAGUUCCCCUCUUUAGAAUGAUGUUAAACCCAAAUGAUUCUACAGUGUGCUACAGUGAUUAGUGCAUCUCUACCCUAUGAGUGUCUUUCCCCUUUUGUUGGGAUGUAUUCUUCCACAGACUGUUGCACCUGUAAGCAUUUAUUAAAAUGGCAUGGGUAUGUUGUAAAAUAAACUCUCGUUUCUGAUUUGA